UUCUUUCCUACAAAACAUUAGUUUGUAACAUAAGUUUUAUUUAAUAAAAGUAUAUAUAUGAGAAUUAUUUAUUUCUUGGUGUGAAUUUCUAAGGAAGAUUUUUUAAAGUUUCUAGUUUCUUCUUCAAUAUAUUAUUUUAAAUUUGAUCUGUACCAUAAAUAUGGAGUCCAGGAAACUGCGAAAAAUACUUACCUGUUUUUACUAUAUGACCAAUUUGCUUAUAAUAUUAAAAAUUUACAACACAAUAACUAAGGGAAAAUGCAGAAGUAAUACAAGAUUAGAUGGAAAAGUGAUAAUAGUCACAGGUUCAAAUACAGGAAUUGGUCAAGCUGCAGCCUUAAAUUUUGCAAAAAGAGGAGCUAGAGUCAUUUUGGCGUGCAGAAAUCUUAUCAAAGCCAAUGCUGCAAAAGGCUUAUUAAAGAAAUCAGCACCCAGUCGCAUUAUACACGUGUCCUCUUUAAUGCACAUCAUAAUGGGAGAAUUAGAUUUCGAUAAUAUGAAAGGCGAAAAACCCAUUACAAGUGCCGCCAAACUUUAUUCGAACAGUAAAUUAUACAAUAUAAUUGGCAGCAAUGAAUUUGCAAGACGAUUGGAAGGCAGCGGUGUGACAUCAAAUAGUUUACAUCCUGGUGCAGUAAAAACUGAAGUUUUUAGACAUUUACCGACUGCGGUGAGAUACAUUGUAGACACAACUUGCGAAAUCUUUUUCAAGACAGCAGAAGAAGGUGCGCAAACCACAAUUUAUUUAGCUGUAACCAAAGAUGUUGCCAAAGUUUCUGGAAAAUAUUUUAUUGACUGUAAGACAUGUAAUUUUUCUAGGAGGCACGUGCAGCGUCUAUCACGCAGGACAGAGAAAUUGGAAAGAAGUUUUGGGAAAAAUGCUGCGAUAUUGUGGGUCUCAAACCUGAAGAAAGAUUUAUUUAACUGUCGUCAAGUUAGCCAUGAUUGACGGCACAAACGGAGAAGAGGAAAGAUAGUAUCAAUCAAAAUUACCUGAAAAAAAAUCUUGGCCAUUGGUCAUAUGAGAAUGACAAAACGGACUGCUUUGGCCAUUUUGUGAGGUUAUAUUUUGAGGUUAGGGAAGGACUUGGACCUUUCCUAGUAAAAAAGAACACAGAUCGAUUCAGCAACCCAAAAAACAAAGAUAGUUUUUUUGGGCUUAUUUUGCCCCUAUAACUGAAAGAUCUUUUAUUCUGACUAAUUGGAGGCUGUUUUAAGGCGAGGUUUGGCAUUUUGGAGAUUAGGAGUAGAAUGCCUCUAAACAGGGAUUAAUUAACAUUAUACUUUAAUGCAGCAACUCGAAAGCCCUGCAAAAAUGUGAUUGGCUUACAUUUUUUAUGAACAAAAAGGGCUAUUUUAGCUGUUUUUGGGCAUUUUUUGAGGUUAUAAAAAAAUCCUGAACCUGAUGGAGCCAAAAAGCCACUGGAUUCUGAUUCAGCGACCACAAAAACAAAAGACCAACAUGGACUGAUGAAAAGUUCAGACAACUUUUUUUGUGUGCCUGUGUUAUUAAAGUGUGACUCAAAUUUUGGCUCGAUCUUAUUCGAUUAAAUUAAUCGAAUCUCUUAUGCGGGAACUUUCGAAUAAGUUCGUAGGGAAAGUCAUAAAGAGUCUACGAUGGAAGAUUUUAGG